AUGUCUCACAACUCAAUUGGUCGUCGGAAUCAGCUGAAAGCGCUCAAAGUAGAUCUUGCCGCCUUUAUUAACGAGAAGAACUGCCACCCCAUCCUCCUUCGCCUUGCCUGGCACGAUGCUGGUACCUUUGAUCGCCACGCCCCAUCGGACCGCUGUGGGGGCGCCAAUGGCAGCAUUCGCCUUCAGGAGGAGAUGGGGCAUGGCGCCAACGCCGGACUUAGCAAAGGCAUCACCUUCUUGCGCCCCUUCGUCGAGAAGCAUUCACCCGUCUCGUGGGCCGAUGCCAUCCAAAUGGCUGGGGCACUCGCGGUUGAGCUCGCUGGUGGCCCCAAACUGGCCAUGCGCUAUGGCCGCGUUGAUGUCGAGGCUGCAGCCGUCGACGGCAAUCUUCCCGAUGCCAUGGCCUCCAAUCCCGCUCAACACUUGCGCCAGGUGUUUGAGCGCAUGGGGUUUAAUGACCGGGACAUUGUAGCCCUCAGUGGUGCGCACACAAUUGGACGUGCCUUCAAAGGUCGCUCGGGCGUCACCAACAACGGGUAUGGCGAUGAAGCAGCUACUCGAUACACCAAGAGCUCAGCCGUUGCUCGCGCUGAUGGCCGUGCCGGCGUGGGCAUGCCAGGCGGUCGCUCAUGGACUCCCAACUGGCUCACUUUCGACAACAGCUAUUUUAUCGAGAGCCUGCGCCAGCCACGCGAAGAGCUGUUAUGGAUGGCCACGGACCAGGCCCUGCACGAGGACCCACGCUUUCGGCCCCAUUUCGAAGAGUUUGCACGCGAUCAAGACGCCUUCUUUCACGCCUACGCUCAAGCGCACAAGCGUCUCAGCGAAUUGGGCUCCAACUUUCUGUUUGAUAUCACAGUCUAG